AUGUCCAAUUUCCAAACAGAUGACUCCCCUACCACCUUGACAGAAACUCCAACAUAUUGGGCUCUUGCUUUACCAGCCUGGACAUUUGUUUUGAUUAUUUUUAUAUAUGCAGCAUUUAUAUCGAUUACCCUUUUAAAUACUCCAUCAUUUGAUUCUUUCAAUACAAUAACAGAUAAUUUUGCAAAUAUUAAACAAAUUUCAUCACAAUUAUCAUCUAUCACUGACGAUUUUGUACCAGAAUUACACGAUAUAUCAAUUGCCAGAGUUAAUGAUUGUCUUUACCAGAAUACUGAUGAAUAA